AUGGCUUCGCUUGUCGUUUAUACUCGUGGUCCUCGCAGCGCGGGGCAGAGGCCACCUGUGGCCACCGAGCAUGGUUGCUCUUCCCAGAGUAGCACGUUGCCGCCGCCGCGAUCGUCCGAGAGUACGGUGCCUAAUAGAUACGACUGGGAGUGGAACGGCGGUUCCGACAUUGAAAGGGUUGUCAACGGCCAUGGACGUCGGGGAAGCUCCGAGUACGUCCAUGGAAAUGUGCGGGCUGUGUCGCCGGUGAGUUACGGAGGCUCCAACACCAGCGAGAGGAAUGUGAGCGGUCAUCUUGAAGGGCUAGAUGCGAGCCCGGAGAGGAUUUACAUGGAAAAAGAUCGCGUUAUCAGGCAAAUGGCAGAUAGUGUGGGCCGAAGUCGUAGGAAUAGCUACGACGAUGACUCGUUUAAUGAGGACGACUACAACUCCGAUGAGGAGGAGGAAGAGGAGGAGGACGAUGAUGUUCCACGAAUUGCCAUCAUUGGUGGCCGCCACAACGAACAGUUUGUGCGCGAGAUCCUGUACGGCACCCCACGCGCCGGUGAGUCACCAAAAGAUCCUCACCCCCACCAACAGCAACAAGAACGAUAUCACACGGAACCGUUUGAUCGGGAAUUUUCGACCACCGGCACCGGAUACGGGGAAUCGGGGUUGCGAUCUGACAGCAAGGAAGAGCGAAGGGUUGUUUUCUUGCAACGGUCGUCGCAAAUGCGGCAAGAAGGACAUCAGCAGCAGCAGCAGCUUCACUAUUAUACACAGUCGAAAAGAUUCCCUUCGACCGAGCAGUUGCCAGAUAAACCUGAGAGGAUUGUAAAACUUUCCCCCAUUCGCCAGAGACCUCAGGCUGAAGUUACGAGGACACGGCCAGCUUUACUGAGCGCGGUGAAGUCACGUUCCUUUGGGGUUGUGCGUUCACCGAAAAGGAGGGAAUCCUUCUCAGAACCGGUGCACGGCCGGCAUAUGUCAUAUGACAAAGGUGGGACUAGGGGGCAUGAUGCCUCCUUGUCUCCACGUCGGCACUCCCGCCACGAAGAUUCGUCGUUAAGGCGGCGUAGCGUGGAUUCCAACGUCAAAUCACCCUCUGUUUCCAAAGAUAAAAACAGAAGGAACGAACGAGAACGUCAACAGCGGUUGAGAAAGCUGAAACAAAUAAGGUACAGCGAGGAGGUUGACGAUGGUAGCAGGGUGCGGCGCCUUCCAUCGCCUUCAACAGGGAAUGACUUCGGGGUGAAGGAAACAAAGAUGAAGCAUCGCAGAACGAGAACCAUGAGCGGUAGCACUAGCAGCGGCAGCGGCAGAGAAAAUAGCAGGAAGAGCAGGAAGAAAAGAAGGGCGGCGGGUGUUGAGGAUGACGGAAAUGAAACCCAGAAAGCGGCUGUCCAAUUCAAGCCUGUAUUUACGGCUGUGGAGUCUGUACCGCCAAAGGCCAAGAAGGAAAAGGUCUUCUGCGAUUGCUGCCGCGGUAAGAAGGAGAAGAGUCAAAAAGAAAAGCAGGAGGCAGAUGACUCAGCGAAGAGAGAGGUAGUGAGGCGGCCGAAUGAAAAGACGGGAAAUGUUGAAGAUGAGAAACCCUCCGCUUUAGAGAAGGCGGUGCACGCGACCCGGAAAACGAAGUCCCAGCCGCAGGUGCCACCAAGGCGUCGAAAAAGAAGGCCGUCGAUGCCACCGUCCGACGCGGCGGGCAGCGCGGUUAAAACGCGAGAACGCGCAGCCGCAUCCGCAUCGUAG